CCCUCAGCCGGCCGCGAGACUCUCUGUUCGCAGGGGCGGCCGCCGCUCCCCGCCCCGCUCCGCGCCGCGCCCGGCAGGUGCGGCCCCGCCGGGACCCGGGCACGGCCAUGGCGUACCGGGAGCUGGUGAAGCGCUGGCACCAGGGCGUGCUGGCGGCCGACGGCGGCGACUGGGAGGCCGCCCUGGAGAUCUUCGCCGGCAUCGCGGACCCGCCGUCCAGGGUCUGGUUCAACGUGGGCUGCGUGCUGCUGCUGGCGGGCAGGCCGCGGGAGGCCCUGCGGGCGUUCGAUAAAACGGUUGCGAAGGACAAGUCCCUAGCUGUUGGCUUCUUUCAGAGAGGGUUUGUCCAUGUGCAGCUGGAAAUGUAUGAAGAAGCUCUCUCUGACUAUCAUCUGGCCUUCAGUCAUCUAAGACAAAAUCCCUUCAUCGAUUACAAGCAGCUGGGACUGAGGCACAUACUCUACGCGUGGGAGGUGCUGUACAGCACUGCAGCAGCACAGUGCCGGCUGCAGCAGUGGCAGGAGGCCAGAGCCACCCUAGAAAAGGCUGUUGUCUGGAGACCUGAAGGAAGAACAGCAAUCCUGGACCUGGCCCUUGAGCGGGUGCAGGACCGUCUGUUUUUAGAGCCCAUGCAGGUUCCUCCUGGGGAAUUUUUCAGACCACGAAAGAAGGAAGUCGAACAGCUGGAUUCAAAAGAUUUCCUGGGUAAACCCAAGGUGAUCUCGUCCAUCAUUCCCAAUGAUGAGUACAUUGGCUUCGAGCCCCUCAGGCCUCAGAAACAGGGCUUUUAUGAACCCCGUGCUGACGCUCUACGAGACAGUGAGUUAGGCUACUAUCGAGUUUUGUCCCAUUAUUACCCCGAGGACUCGGAGAAGUUGGCAGUGAAAGCCAGCAGUUUGGUCUUUGUGCUGACGAGAGGAGCGGAUGGCUGGGCUACAGCCAUCCACGCGGGACAGAAGCUGCGCAUACCGAGCUCUCUCCUGGAGCCUGCCUCAAAGAUGGAUAAAUGGAAGAUCAGCGAUGGGAUUCCCCUCCCUCCUGCCCAGGUGCCUCCCAGCCGACUCCAUGUGAAGCAGAACCCAGAAUCUCCUGGGGGAGAAAAUGCCUCUGCAAAUGAUGCUGGUGCCCAAAUGGACUUCAAGAUCCCACCGGCCUGUGGAGAAGCUUCGUCCAGCGCAGACAGACCUGUUGUGGUGCGAGCGUGCUGCGAGUGCACCGUGGUGGUGCGGGCAGGAGAGGUGCCGUCGCUGCCGGCCCUGCGGGCUCUGCUGCGGGAGCGCUUUGGGCAGCAGGCAGAGCGAGGGAUGCUGAGCUACAGGCAUUCGGAUGGCAAAGACCUGGGUGCAGUUUCUGGAGAGGAGGAUCUAGGGAAGAUGUGGCAGCAGCUGACAGAUGGCAGGCUGACACUCUGCUGCCAGGACUCGGACUCCCACUCGGGCAGACCCGUCCUCUACCGGAUGCUGGCUCAGCACUCUUACCUGGCGCAGGGACCGGGUGACCUGGAGUUCAGCAAGGGAGACCUGCUGGAUGUUCUCUCUGAAGUGAACGAGGACUGGCUCGAAGGACGCUGCAAUGGCAAGACUGGCAUCUUCCCCAAAUGCUUUGCAACCCAGACCCAGGAAGGCAGUGGUGCUGCCUUCCUAUAGCAAACAGGAGCCUGUUCCUGCACGACUGCACUGUCUCCCAGGGGCGAGAAACACAAGUCCCAGCUCUUCUGGGCCACAGCCAGCGCAGCCAGGAGCUCUGCUGAACCUGGACAAGAUGUGUCCCCCACCCACAAAUCCCACGGGGUCAGUUCCGUCAGUCUGACAGCAUUUUCUACAGCCUGUUCCCAGACCUGGCGUUUUUACCUCUGUGCUUAUACUGCCAAAGAUGUGCUUGUGCAGGGGGGAACUGGUGUUUGGCAAUGGGAAAUGUCCACGUGUCAGCUCAGACUGGUGGCUGGGAAGAGGUUGCUCUGGAUGGAGGUCUUCACCCCCUCUCCCUUGUUGCUCACGUUCAGGCUGGGAAGGUUGACCGCACUCUAAUGAAGCCAAGGACAGCCAUCUGAGCCAGAGGCAGAGCCCAGUUCCCCAGCUCCUUGGACCACGUAUCUUUAUCUCCACCAGACAGAGAUGCUGCUCUUUGGGAAGGCCUCCCUAACCAGUUUGCAGUGGGGUGUGUGGGAUAACACCUUGGCUUAGGACCACCAUAUAUCUUCUUCCACAGCAAAUACCCCACGGAUGUGCCAGAUCCAAAGGGCCUUUUCUUGCUUCUUUUCUUAAGCCCUUAAGUCCUGCCUGGAUGCUACAGCUUCAUGCUGCGUGGGCAGGGGUCUUGCAGCACAGAGGAGAGGUAGUUGUGGAAACACCCCUGCUCAGACCAGCCUGGGCUUUGGCAGAGCCUUGUGGGGGCUGGGGAGAGGGCCGGCUGGGCAGCGUGGCGUUGGGCUGGUGGCUGGAGGAACUGAACUGACCAUCCAGUUCCCGCAGCUGAGCAGUGCUGGGCUCUGCCGAUCUAAAUAAAACACUCAAGUGCCUGGAGGUGGAACCUGCUGGGGAUUUGGUGUCUGACAAUGCUGGGCUAUGUAACUUGAAUAUAAAAUAAACCCUGAGCCAGAGUUGGCAGCUCUUAAAUCAA